CCUCUCGCCAGUGAUCACUACUAGUCCGCGAUGGCGGCCAGUGCGCUGGGGGGUUUGAUGCCGGCGCCGCCGCUGGCGCCAGUGCCGUGGGCAUCUCCAACAAGGAUUCUUCUGGUCAGACCAGGCGCUGCCGCCUCCUCCAGGCUGAGGUUUAGGGUUUUGGCCACGAGCACCAGGAAUGCGAGCAGUUCCUCCGGGCUGGAGCGCUUCCUCAAUGCGGUCACGAGCAAAGGAUCGGUCCUGUGGCGAUCGCUGGGAGGAGCAAUUGGUGGCGACAACCACGACAAGGCCAAGUCGGGGCUGGCCAUCUGCAUUGCCUCGCUUGUGAUUGCGCUGUCGGCGGUGGCGCCGCCGCUGGAUGCCCACGCGUUUGUGACCGCUCCGCCCAGGAAGCUCCAGAGCGACGAGCUGGCCACGGUCCAGCUCUUCAAGCUCAACACUCCCUCCGUGGUCUACAUCACCAAUCUCGCCGCCAGGCGCGAUGCGUUCACGCUGGACGUGCUCGAAGUUCCACAAGGCUCGGGCUCCGGAUUCGUGUGGGACAAGGAGGGCCACGUCGUGACCAACUUUCACGUCAUCCGGGGGGCCUCGGAUCUCCGAGUCACUCUGGCCGACCAGAGCGUGUACGAGGCCGACGUCGUGGGAUUCGACGAAGACAAGGACGUAGCAGUGUUACAUAUCGAUGCUCCGCGGGACAGGCUGAAGCCGAUACCCGUGGGGACGUCGUCCGAUCUCCUGGUUGGCCAGAAGGUGUACGCCAUCGGCAACCCUUUCGGCUUGGAUCAUACGCUCACCACCGGAGUCAUCAGUGGCCUGAGGCGUGAGAUCAGCUCCGCUGCGACGGGACGUCCGAUACAAGAUGUCAUCCAGACAGAUGCGGCGAUCAAUCCCGGUAACAGUGGAGGCCCGUUGCUCGACAGCUCGGGAGACUUGAUUGGGAUCAACACGGCUAUCUAUUCCCCGUCGGGCGCUUCGUCGGGAGUGGGAUUCUCGAUACCGGUUGAUACGGUGAGCGGCAUUGUGGAGCAACUCAUCAAGUAUGGACGAGUGACAAGACCCGUGCUUGGCAUCACUUUUGCACCCGAGCAAUCUGUGGAGCAACUUGGCGUCAGCGGAGUGCUUGUGCUGGAUGCCCCUCCCGGAGGACCUGCUGGCAAAGCGGGGCUGAGGCCGACGAAACGAGACGGCUAUGGUCGGCUUGUUCUUGGAGACAUUAUCACCUCGAUAAACAACCAAAAGAUCUCCAAUGGAAGCGAUCUGUACAGAGUUUUAGAUCGAUGCAAGGUUGGCGACAAGAUAACCGUGGAAGUUUUGAGAGGAGAAGAGACGGUGAAAAUCCCCAUUACUUUGGAGCCUCGCGCGUGAAAUAUUUGUAGUAUAAUUGUGUAUGACUGUUGUGACAAGGCGUAAACCUGGUUUGUGGCAGCUCUUACAGGGAGGAUCAUGCAUGGGAAAACUCUGCAGAGGAGAGAUACUGUCCAUGGUGAGUCUAGGAUGUAAGCACACUAAUUUCUAUUUGGGAAGCAAGUUUAAGCAAUUAAUAAGUGAUGAUUAUGGUGAAGAAA